AUGUUAAAGCCGUUUGCCUUUUUAAUGAUCCCAAAAUUAUUGGGAUUUUUGCUUAGAAUCUAUCAAAAAUUGGACAAGCCAGGUUUAGAUCGACGCGUUUACCUCACGACAAAACGUAAAGCUGGAGACGUCGCUGUUGCAACUUUUCCUUACUCAGAUAACGUAAACACAGUUACCGGAGAAAUUCAUUUCUCAGAAACAGAAGACAAGAAAGUCACCUGUAGUGGACAAAUGAAUAGUGGAUUUCAGAAUACACAUCCCGAUAAUUUUGAUUAUGUGAUUGUUGAUAAAGAUGACAAGAUUGUUAAGGACUUGACUGAAAAAUUGUCAAGUGUAAUUGAAAUUACUGUUCCAGGCACGGCUCCGUUUACAUAUGAAUUUACCGAUUUUUCUAUUGAUGAAAUCGUUGGUAACUGGUUUGUGGUCAGAAGAAGGUCGUACGUUGAAGCUGGUAAGGCUCCGAUCAAAAAAGCUUAA